GAGCGGCAUGAAGGAGUGGCGGCCGGCCCGGAGAUGGAGUGCGACAUCUUGGACGCCUUGGAGGCUUUGGGGUACACGGGUCCCCUGCUGGAGGAGGAAGCUCUGAAGAAAGCAGCAGAAAAUGGAUUGUCUUCACCAGAAUUUUUUGAGCUUUGUGUUUGGUUAGGUUCCCAAAUAAAGUCACUUUCCAACAUGGAAGAAAGCAUCACUUUAGCAGAUGAUUUACAGAGCUUCCAGCUUGAGAUCAGUGGCUUUCUGAGAGAAAUGGCUUGUCCAUAUUCAUCACUUAUAUCUGGAGACAUUAAGGACAGAUUAAAAGAGAAAGAAGAUUGUCUUAAACUCCUCUUAUUUCUAAGUACAGAACUUCAGGCUUUAAAGAUACUGCAGAGCAAGAAAGUGAAAAACUCGCAUUUGGAAAAGCACAACGAAAUUUAUCAGGAAGUGCAAGCUAUUUGUGAUGCACUGGGCCUGCCAAACUCCUCAUCUACUGAUAUUCCUUGCUUGUUAACCAGUGUGGAACAAAAGAUAAAGGACAUUCUCUCAAAAGUCCAAAACAACCACGUGGGGAAGUCACUGCUAACAAAACCUCUGAAUUCUGACCAAGUGGAAAGAUUGGAAAAAAUCAACGAUGCUCUUCGGAGUGAGUAUGAAUGUCGGAGGCGUAUGUUAAUGAAGAGGCUGGAUGUGACAGUUCAGUCUUUCUGCUGGUCUGACAGAGCAAAGGUAAAAACAGAUGACAUAGCACGAAUCUAUCAGCCCAAGCGCUAUGCACUGUCUCCAAAGUCAACUGUCACAUUAGCUCACCUUCUGGCUGCUCGAGAAGAUUUAUCCAAGAUCAUAAGAACAAGCAGUGGAUCAACCCGGGAAAAUACAGUCUGUGCAAUCAACAAGGUUCUGAUGGGGAGAGUACCUGACCGUGGGGGCAGACCAACUGAGAUUGAACCACCUCCUCCCGAAAUGCCUCCUUGGCAAAAAAGACAAGAAGGUGGUGGAAGAGGUGGCCGGGGAGGUGGGGGUGGGGGAAGAGGCAACUGGGCAGGUGGAGGAGGAGGAGGAACAGGAGCAGGUAGAGGAGGAGGUGCUAGGCCUGGAGGUGGGGGUUUCAGAGCUGGUGGAAGAGGUGGAGGUGGCUUCCAAGGUGGCAGGGGAGAUUAUAAUUAUGGUAGGGGAGAUUAUGGUGGCAGGGAAGAUUAUGGUAGCAGGGGAGAUUAUGGUGGAAGGGGAAAUUAUGGGGGCAGGGGAGAUUAUGGUAGCAGGGGAAGUUAUGGUGGCAGGGGAGGCUAUGGUGAUCCAUAUGGUGGAAGAGGUGGGGGAGGAUACCGAAGAUACUGAAAUACUGUAAAUAUUAACAAAGUAGCUGAUAAAAUACAGUGGUGGUGUUUACUGGUAUCUGGAAUUUAGAUAUGUUAAUUUGAGUUUAGGUAAGAAUUAAAUAUGACCAUAUGAAUCACUGCAUUAGACCAACCAUUGUCACUGAAUUCUUUUAGUUAACUGAACAGAAUUUUUAUACUAAAAUAUAAUUACUAAAGUCCUUGUUUUUCGUACUGCUUGUUUUUUUAAUAUGUUGUUUUAUUUAAAAUGAGCCUAAGAAAACUGAAUAAAACCCUUUCUAAACAAACAAAAAAUACAUUAUUUAAUAUUCAGGUCUCUCUAAUUAUUGCAUGUUGCAUAGCCACUGCUUGCUCUCAAAUGCAGAGUAGAAAAAACAGAAUAGGCCUAAGAAUUGGACAGAAACACUUUGAAAAGACUUGAAUACUGUCAGCAGGAUUUUUAUCUUUACCUGGUUUUCAUGUGGGGCAUAUAAAUUAAUUUUAAUGUGAAAAUGGUAAAAUCCAUUGAGGCUUUUGUCAAAAUUAGUCAGUUAAAUUUUUUAUUCUACAAAUUCACAUGAAAGUAGCAUUCUGAAUUAAUACUCUACAGAAACUAAUUAAGUCAGAUUGUUUAUUGUGUUCAUUAAUAAAUCAGAGACUAUUUGAAGAUCAGAGUGUGUACUGUAACGGUGUGUUUUGGUAAUGUCAAUUUUCAUUUUACCUAUUUUCCAUUUUAUUGCUGUUUUAUAUUUUAAGAUCAGAUUGGUCAGGAUACUUCUGAAACCAUCAUGUCUGGUGAGAGUUCUUUCAAUAUAUAAAGGUUGAAUAAGAUGACCUUAUUGAGAGAGAACUUAAGAUUUUUCUUAUUAUUCUUUUUUUCCUCCUCUACUUGCAUUGUGUUUGGGAUGCUUGGGAAUAACCAACGGUGCAGCAAGUGAGACAUCUCAUAGAGCAGAUACCCUUCCUCAGUUAUUUAUCUCUGUCAUACUUUGCCAACCAGUUGGCCUGAUAAGAUAAAAGAAACUGUCUUGAUAUGGUAUGGGUGGCUUCUGCUUCAUGACAGGGUUACUCUAGGACUAAGCUUUCAUAGACUUAUGGUUGUAAGUAGAUGUAGACAAGAAUUAUAUUUAGAGCUGUCAGUUGCAGAAGAUGGUUUCUCUUGUCCAGCAUCCUUUAAAUCUAUCUGUAAGGCUACUCCUGAGUACAGAGGCAGAACAGAGAGAUGUAUACACUCAGUGUCAGCAUUUAUCAUGGUUAGGUUAUUAGAGAGAUUGCGAAGGCAUCUGAUGAACCUGGGGGGUGUCUGUUGAUUGCAUAGCACAGAGCCCUUGAAGCACUAUAAUUGAGUGUGUAGCUACAGGCUUGACUGCAGAUCGAACUUCAGGAUUUGGCUUUAUUUUCCACAGUUUUGAGUUCUUUCUGCAUGAUUGUCCUAUUGCUGCCAUAUUUGUUUUAAAGAUUUUAUUUUACAUUCAAAAUCAAAUUAUUAUCUCUUGCUUGUGUCAGAAUUGGCAAUUACCAACCUUCUCAUUUGAAAUUUUAAUCGAGAUAACUACUGAAAGUUUCUCUCUUACUUGUUAUUUCCUCUCUCAUCAGUCUGCUUGAGAAUGGUACUUGUGAUAUGCUAGAUACCCCCUUACCAUCAGUGGCCUAACAAAAAGGAGCAGGAGUUUUCCUUGUUUAAACAGCUUGGCUUGGAUGUGAACUCCUGAAAUAAUGGCUUCACUUCACCCAACUGCUACCAGUAUAGUUCCUUUUCUGAUUUUUUUCUACACUCUUUUCUGGCCUGAGCUGUUGUGUACCUCUGCAGUCAUUAUGGAGAGACCCUCGUGGGUCACAUGGGACCAUAGUACUGGUUUUCUUGCUUUUCAGCUUGUUUUUUUGUUUUUUGGGGUUUUUUUGCUAAUGCUCUGGGAUAGCUCACAAAUUGAUGACAGAACAAGUGAGACUGCUGGCCAUGGAGGUGAAGUGUUGGUCAGCAAAGGAAUGGAGUUUUUAUUAACCAGAGCCUUAAUCUAAAAUUGUGUUUUCUCAUGCCAGUGUUAUUUUUUUCUACAAGUAAUUUCCAAAUCACAGUGAAGCAUUUACUUUUACCAAGGAACUAAGCUAGGAAAAUCAAACAGCUUAUAUUUGCACAAAGAUUUUGCCAGUCUGAAGAUGUGAAGCUGCACUGGUUUAGUUGAACUGUUUUAAUUGUGGUUGUGCCUUGGUGCUUUUACCAUCGGCUUGUAGCAAACAGGACAGUUCUGAACAAAGUAAACCAUCAAGGGAACCAGCUAUGUGCCCACCCAUGUGUAAUUCUAACAGCUGAAUUAUUUCAAAAUUUUAUUUCAACUUUAUUUAUGUAGAACAUCCAAAAGAUGGAAGUUCAGAUAGGUUGGAGAUUUCAUUUUUUUGAUCUGACUAUUUUAUGUUUUCUUACUUCUAAAAUGUGAAGCCAGUAGUUGAACACUCACUUAAGCAGCACCACAAUUCAUAGAGGUAUUCUUCUCUGUCCUCUGUACCAGAAUGUUUGCUUUUAAUUUGUCAAAAGAUGCAAUAAUACUGUGAAGGUCAUUGAUUUAAACCUCUUAAAUUUUGUAUGUUUUUCUUGGAAAAAAGUAUUUUCAAAAAUUCUGUUGUAAGUAGAAGAUUUUCAUACAGAUGUUUGUGAGCAUUUUUCUGUUUAUUCACAUUUAGUGAAUAUCUACUUGAAUAUUGUUUUGUUCAAGCAAGUGUUUAAAAAUAGGUUGGGGAUUGUUUUCAGGAUUUGAGAGAGAUGUUUGUGUUAACAGCUUGUAAACACUGAGGAAUAAAGUACUGUAUUUGAAGUUACUUGCAUCAAUUGUGCAGUGU